GCUAUUUAAAGCAGCGUGGCGAUGAGGGUUCGUUUGAUGAAUUUACUGUGGUGUUGCAUCUUUUUUACCAGCUUUCUGAAGAGUGAAAAGGUCAGUGCCUGCUGAUCUGUGCGCUUAAUAACAGCCCAUAUACAUACAGUGCGCAUUUAACACUUUCUGCGACAGUAGAGGUUCUUUUCGUCCAGACUGGAUCCACUUUAACGGCUUAAUUAGCUCUUAAACCAAUCAACACAAUCCCUUUUUCCUCGUCCAUGUAUGUGACAUUGGUUGGAGGACAUAUCGUUGACCUGGUAAUAGAGAAUGACACUUGAAUUUACUACCAUUUGUAAUGUUUCACGAUAACAACUUUAUUAGCUUCUCUGAUUCUUCCUCUAUCCUUCUAAUACCCUGGUCUCGCUACCAAAAUCUCUUCAUUUACUCGCCUCCAUCUUAUUUACCUACGGCCCAGGUUUUUGCAUAGGCAAACCGAUUGACAAAAGACUUUUGCUGAAGGACUGAUAUCGACAGAUAAAUUCAAUGAGACUUUGUACUAGCUCUAGGCUUGGAGCUACGCAUAAUAUGAGCUGUUUCUUGAAACCUUCAAAAUGGGGAAAUGGUCCCUCGUAAAGCAGGUAGUAUUACUACUACCCAACUUGCAUUUGCUGCUUCACCACCAAUCGGCGGCUUAGGAUAUCCUAGCGAACAAGGGCUUCAUCUUUCAUUGCGCCUCAAUGCCCCAGUGGAGCUAUGGAAGUCGCUCAUUAUGCUAGUAACCACCAGUAUCAUCACCUGGUUGCUCCGCCACUUAAUCUUCCUUGCUUACAAUGUAGACCCCGCCUUCUAAAUUCAAACCCGCUGGGAUCACGCUAACGGGAUGC